AUGGAGCUGGAGAUGUGCGCCCCGAACACGGACCCUCCUCCUCCUCCGGGACGCUUGCGGCCGGGUCGACAAUCCUCUCUGCUUGUCAAAGGACUCGACUACAUUUUGAGAAGAAGCCGUCCAGCGUUUGCAGAUAACAAGACGCUAGUUCAUCCAUAUUCAGUCCCCGCCGAUGCCGCCAAUCUCGAGAGCGUGGUUGUGGCCGUGCUGAACGUUACCGCCAAAGCGGGCUCACAAACGGUCCUGCUGUGCAAGAGCUACCGGAUGGUGUGGACCCAGGACCGGCUGAACGACCGCCAGCGCGUGGUCCACUGGGACUUGUACCGGAACCAGCACGAGGAUUAUAUCGGCGAGCGUCUGUGCGACAUGUACUCGGCCGGGGAGCAGCGUGUCUACAGUGGCUAUAACAAAGGCCGGAUAUUUAUGCCCGACACCGCGUUUGAGGAUGGCAACUUCUCGUUGGUCGUCAAAGAUAUCGCCAAGAGUGACCAAGGCAUCUAUUCUUGUAACCUCCACCACCAUUACUGUCAUCUCUACGAAACUGUGAAGAUCCAACUCGACGUCACCAAGAAAGUGAAAGGAGUAAAGAAGUAUUGGGACGGGGAGAAGGCAGUGAUCGUGGCCUUGGAAGGCAGCACCGUGGAGCUCCCCUGCAUCAACCGGAAUCACAUCUGGACGGAUCGGUACGAAGAGGAGGAUCAGCAAGUGGUCCAUUGGGACCGGCAGCCGCCGGGCGUGCCUCACGAUCGGGCCGAUCGCCUCAUUGACUUGUACGCCUCAGGGGAACGCCGCUCCUACGGGCCUCUCUUCAUCCGGCAAAAGAUGAAUAUCACCGAAAGGGCCUUCAGCCAGGGCGACUUCUCCCUGAAGAUAUCAGGCUUGGAGGUCGCGGACGAAGGCACCUAUUCCUGCCACCUCCAUCACCACUACUGCGGCCUUCACGAGCGCCGUAUCUUCCAGGUGUCUGUCGUGGAGCCGGAGCCGGAAAAAAAGGUGGUGAACCUCACCCGCCACGAGGCACCGGCUGCAGAUCCCAACGCGGGCCGCGGACACAACGUGAUCAACGUCAUUAUCCCCGAGAGCCGGGCGCAUUUCUUCCAGCAGCUGGGCUAUGUCUUGGCGACGCUCUUGCUCUUCAUCCUCCUCCUUAUCCUCGUGGUCCUUGUCACCCGCAAGCGCCGCAGGAGGGGUUUCGAGUACAACACGAAGAACUGUGACCAGAAAGACGUGAAUCUCAGGGAAUUUACGGUUGACACGACCAAUUUGUCCAACUGCAAGAGUGAAGACAUUAUGCUGGAUUAUAAGAACAAUAUUGUGAAGGAGAAGGCUGAACACAGCAAGUUCUUCUCAGCCAAGAACAUCGAUUUAGACAAAGACUUCAGGAAGGAAUAUUGUAAAUGAACGCGAGGACCCCAAAGCUCCUGGCUGGACCAGAAGCCCAAGAAGAAUUAAAACAAACCAA